GGGCUCGGAUUACUUCACGGAAGCGGAGAUGCAUUCCAAGCAGCAACAAAUAUAUGUGCUGUAAUAUAUACCGCAUGGAUAGGUCUAGUUAGCGCCACACUGUUUACCUAAAGUCCUAAAACAGGUCAAUCCCGUGGCGUUAUUUUCCGCGCCAUUCACUUUUACGCGACACAGUCAGUCAUCAUUGCUGUUUAUAUAUAAACCUACAGUGCAUAUGACUUCUUGCUAAUGUGAUUAUUCAGCCUGCGCCACGCUGUAGACCACAGGAAACUGCUUAAAUCUAAGAGCACAGCUAGUCCAGUCAUGCUGCGUCUUGUGAGGAGCCAGGGCAGAGGGUUUAGGGGCUGCAUGUGCUGUCAGCGGAGGUCUCAGCAUAACCAGCAGAAUCACAAAAGUGUGAUCGCCAUCCGGCGUGAGGAUGUCAACGUGUGGGAGAGACGUGCGCCCCUCGCCCCACGACACGUCAGGGAGAUCACAGCGGCUGGACACAAGGUGCUCGUGCAGCCCUCCAACAGAAGAGCCAUCCAUGACAGAUACUAUGAAAAGGCAGGCGCUGUUAUCCAGGAGGACAUCUCAGAAGCAUCUCUCAUCAUUGGUGUGAAAAGGCCCCCAGAAGAAAAGGUGUACCCCCGAAAGACCUACGCCUUCUUCUCUCACACAAUUAAAGCACAGGAGGCAAACAUGGGACUCCUUGAUGACCUUCUUAAAAAGGAAGUUCGACUCAUUGAUUAUGAAAAAAUGGUGGAUCCUAAUGGCUACAGAAUUGUAGCAUUUGGACAGUGGGCUGGUGUUGCAGGAAUGAUAAACAUUUUGCAUGGUCUGGGCCUGCGUUUCCUUGCCCUUGGACACCACACACCAUUUAUGCAUAUUGGUAUGGCACACAACUACAGAAAUGUCAGCCAGGCCAUCCAGGCAGUAAGGGAUUGUGGAUAUGAAAUAUCUUUAGGUCUGAUGCCCAAGUCCAUAGGCCCUCUUACAUUUGUAUUUACCGGCACCGGCAACGUGUCCAAGGGCGCUCAAGACAUUUUCAACGAGCUCCCCUGUGAAUUUGUGGAACCUCAUGAACUGAAGGAAGUCUCUUUGAGUGGAGACUUGACGAAAGUGUACGCCACAGUGAUCAGCAGACAUCACCACCUGAUGAGGAGGAGUGACGGACUCUAUGACCCCCUGGAGUACGAAAACCACCCUGAGCUCUACACGUCACACUUUAGGGAUACUGUGGCCCCUUAUACAACUUGUCUAAUAAACGGUAUAUACUGGGACCCUCAUACACCCAGACUGCUGAGGAGACUGGACGCCCAGCGGCUGAUUAGACCUGUUGUAACUACAUCAUCGUCAGCUGAUUAUGGCUGCCCUGCUCUUCCCCACAAGUUUUUGGCCAUUUGUGACAUUUCUGCAGACACCGGUGGCUCCAUUGAGUUCAUGACUGAGUGUACAACUAUUGAGAAACCUUUUUGUAUGUAUGAUGCCAACCAGCAUAUUGACCAUGACAGUGUUGAAGGUAACGGCAUUCUCAUGUGCUCCAUUGACAACCUGCCUGCCCAGCUGCCAAUUGAGGCCACUGAGUAUUUUGGUGACCGACUGUUCCCUUACGUCAUGGAGAUGCUCCCAUCAGAUGCCACCAAACCACUGGAGGAAGAGGAUUUCUCUCCACAAGUCAGAGAUGCUGUAAUCACAUCCAACGGGAAGUUGACACCUAAGUUUGAAUACAUUCAGAAACUUCGAGAAAGGAGGGAAUCGGAGCAGAUCCUAAAGAAAGGCGGCAUGAAGCGGGUGCUUUUGCUGGGUGCAGGCUAUGUGUCUGGGCCAGUUAUCGAGUAUCUCACUAGGGACGCCGGCACUCAGGUCACAGUGGCAUCAAAUCUGUUGAAUCAGGCUGAAGAGAUGGCAACCAGAUACCCCAACACCAUUGCCGUGAUGCUGGACAUCACCAGCCAGGAAGGCCACCUGGAGUCUCUGAUCAAAGACCACGACAUCGUCAUCAGCAUGCUGCCAUACUCCUUUCACCCACAAGUAGCUAAGCACUGCAUUAAAUUGAAAGUGAACAUGGUGACGGCCAGUUACUUGAGUCCAGCCAUGAAGGAGCUUCAGAAGAGUGCCGAGGAUGCUGGCAUCACCAUCGUCAAUGAGAUGGGUCUGGACCCUGGCAUUGAUCACAUGUUGGCCAUGGAGUGCAUCGACCAGGCCAAGGCAGACGGUUGCACUGUUGAGUCUUACAGCUCUUUCUGUGGUGGACUUCCUGCUCCAGAGUGCUCAGACAACCCACUGCGUUACAAGUUCAGCUGGAGUCCAUACGGUGUCCUGCUCAACACUAUCAGUCCUGCCAUCUACCUGAAAGACAAUCAGAUUGUCAGUGUUCCUCCUGGCGGUGCUCUCCUGGAUGUCACGAAGGAGAUGGACUUCAUGCCUGGUUUCAACUUGGAAGGCUUCCCCAACCGAGACAGCACCAAGUACGCCGAGCCAUACGGCAUUGAGUCUGCGCACACACUGAUCAGAGGAACUCUGCGCUUCAGGGGCUUCUCCUCUGCAAUGAGUGGCUUUGUGAAAUUGGGACUCAUUAACACAGAGCCAUGUCCACUGUUGGACCACACAGCUUCUCCUGUUUCAUGGAAAGAGCUUCUUUGUAAGCAGAUUGGCUUGUCCGCUACUGUCAGCAACAGUGUGUUUGAGGAUGCUGUUUAUGAGAAGAUCGGCAAGGAUGACUUCAGAAUGCAGAGUCUCAAAUGGCUCGGGUUGCUCGGUGAAGAACCCGUUCCUCAUGCCGAAACCAUCUUGGCAGCGGUUGCUAAGCAUCUGGAAGCUAAACUUUCUUUUGACAAGGGCGAGCGCGAUAUGAUCAUCAUGAGGAAUGAUGUUGGAAUCAGACACCCAACGGGCGAGCUGGAGACCAAACACAUCAGUCUGGUGGUUUACGGAGAUCCCAGUGGAUACUCGGCCAUGGCAAAAACCGUAGGCUACCCUGCAGCCAUUGCCGCCCACAUGGUGCUCAACGGUGAACUGACGACUAAGGGGCUUGUGGUGCCGAUGGUGAAGAGCAUCUACAGUCCGGUGCUGAAGAGACUGCAGGACGAGGGUCUCCAGUUUAUCACCAAGAGCAGUGUAUCAGAGUAACACAAACCUGAGAUCUCACUCUCCCUCGUUUCUGUCACGAAACUGAUAGCAGAUGCUAAACCACUGCUCAUAUUCCACAAUGAACGGUUGGAGAUCAUAAACUUGCCUUGACUGUGUAAAGUUAGCAAUGAUCCAACGGUUAAUAACUUUAUCUUCAAACUUGAAUCUGAAAAGUAGAUUCUGUUAGUCGACAAUGAGCGUCCUUUUUUAGUUGUGUUGUCAUACAUUAGGAGUUUCAUACUGACCUGUGCAGUGUUGGGUAAAGUUACUUUUACAAUCUUACUCUUUAAAAUAAAUGGUAAAACUGUAGUUCAGGUCACAAUUCAUGCUAUUAACUACUGGCUUAUUACCUGCCUAUUAUUAAGAUAUUAACUGUUCAUUAGUAGUUACAAAGUAUUAUCUAAUUUGGUAACACUACUAAACGUAAUGACUACACACUAUGAAUCAUCUAAUAAGCAUUAGCAAAUAGUGAAUUCAUUAUUUGUUAAGCAUCACU